CUUGCUUUCUCACACAUUUUUUAAUACUUUAAUUUACAACUUUACAAUUUCCUCACUUUCAUUAUUUUUAAAUUUUCAGAUAAAUUAGCUUAAAUUUAUUAUUAACAAGGAUGGAACUCGAUUACGCGACAAAUGAGCCCAAGAUGGAAAAGGACCAUUCGGCUUCAGUCAAAGCACUGCUUCCCGAAAUCGACCAACUAGUCUCCCAAGGCCAGCUCCACCAAGCGCUCGAAAAACUACAUGCACUAGAGAAAAAAACGCGUUCCGCAGCUGACCUCUGGUCAACAACGCAACUAGUAGAGCGUAUAGUGGACAUCUGCGGCACGGCGCAAGAAUGGACUUUGCUUGAGCAAGAAGUAGCGGCUUUGGCGAAGAAGCAUGGGCAAUUGAAGCAGGCAAUUAGUCGGAUGGUGCAAAAGGCUAUGGAGUAUAUAGAUCGGACUCCGGAUGAGUCCACAAGGGUGGAGCUGAUUGAGGCACUGCGGGUGGUGACGGAGGGGAAGAUUCACGUGGAGGUGGAGCGCGCAAGACUGACGAGAAUGCGCGUUGCCGUGUACGAGACCCACGGGAUGAUCCGGGAGGCAUGCGAUGCCAUGCAGGAGAUCCAAGUGGAGACAUUCGGGUCAAUGGAGAGACGCGAAAAGACGGACUUUAUCUUGGAGCAAAUGCGCCUGUGCUUGGCCAAGCGCGACUACGUGCGGCUGGCGAUCAUCAGCCAUAAGAUUAACCCCAAGUACUUCCAGCGCGAAGGCACGGAAGAUCUGAAGCUGCGGUUCUACGAGCUGAUGAUCCAAUGUGACCUCCACGAGUCCAACUACCUGGAGGUCUGCCGCCACUACGAGCAGGUCUACGGCACCCACGGGAUCAAGGACGACCAGACCAAAUGGCCGGCGGCGCUCCAGAACAUGGUUCUCUACCUGGUGCUCGCGCCCUACAACAACGAGCAGGCCGAGAUGCUCCACCGCGUGCGCCUCGACCACAACCUGGAAAAACUCGACCUAUGCGCGCAGCUCGCCCGCAGCUUCACCACCAUGGAGCUCGCCCGCUGGCCCGCCGUCGAGGCCCUAUAUGGCGCGGAGUUCCGCCAAACCGAAGUAUUCGCGGCGACAUCGCCCGAUGGCGAGAAGCGCUGGAUGGCACUGCGCGACCGCGUAAUCGAGCAUAACAUCCGCGUUGUGGCCAAGUACUACGCGCGCGCGCGUGUCGAGAGACUCGGCGAGCUGCUGGACUUGGGCCGCGACGAGGUGGAGCAGUUUUUGGCCAAGGCUGUGGUUGGAGGCACGAUUUAUGCACGCAUCGACAGGCCCGCUGGCAUUGUCAGCUUUGCUAAGCCCAGCGAUAGCGAGGAGCAGCUAAACACGUGGGCGAGCGAUGUAGGCAGGCUGCUGGCACUGGUCGAAAAGACCACGCAUCUGAUAGCCAAGGAGGAGAUCGUCAGCAAGAUCGCAAAGGCAAUGUGAAAAAUGGG